AUUGAAAGAACUAUUUUUAUUAAAUAAACCCCACUCGAAAUGACUACAUCUACUGAAGAGGCUAUUGGAACGCCCAACUCUGCAUUCCAAGACCUGGAAAAGCGACUGGAAACAUAUAUGCGAAGAGCCUUCGGCUUUUGGGACAAUGGAUUGGACACAAAAAAUGAAUACGAUCUUAAACAAGUCGAGUAUUUCGGGAUACUUAGCUUAACUGACAUGCGAGCGCCACAACGAAAGCUGUGGUAUAUGUACUAUGCGACUUCGGAACAGUUGGAUAAAACUAUAGAUCAAAUACACCGCAAAUAUGGCCAAAGGAAUAUGUAUGAGCUCUUCCGAAAGCCCGUUUUCUCGGGGCGUGGAAUGCGAUCCCGGGUUAAGAACCACUUUUCCGGCCUUAGGUGGUACGUCAAGGGGAAUGUCUUAGAAGCAUCCCCCAAUAGCUGUUACAACAACGAAAAGGUGGUGAAGACAGUCACGGAUCUGUACCUGACCGAAAGGCGAAAGUACUACGAUUAUCUAAAUGAAAGGAGUGCUUUAUAUGCAAAGUAUAGUAAUGUUCUUCAAAAUCAUGUAUGA